GUGUCUUUAAGUACUUUUCAUCAGUUUUGGGACAAUGGCGUCAAGACUUCCGCCUCAAGACGACGUCAAGACGGCGCCAGACCUCGAAGACGUCGAUCUCACAGUCGAACACAAAACUAAGGAGAAAGUUUCCAACGAUGACGACGAACCGAGCAUGUUUCUCAAAGUGGCCAAACUUCUCCUCGCCAUCUUUAUCGGGCUGGUCGUGCUAACGUGCCUGACUGCAAGCAAGGUGUCCACCAUCUCUUUAGCCGAGUGCCUGUCUGAUGCGCGCUUCAACAGAAGCCGUGUACAACAACCACCACCUACCAGCCCGGCUGUAACCAUACCGAACAAUGUCACGGUCGUUCCGGUUACCCUACCGACAACAUCGCGGCCUAUACGGAUCUUCGACCGGUGUGACGACGAACCGCCGGAACCCAUAGUGAACAUGUUACUCUUGGUCCUGAUGAUUCCCUACGGUUUGACGUUCCUGCGAUGUUUUUGGAUUACCGGCAUCAGUGUGUCUUUUCCGUGGCCUUCUCUGCUGGCUCUGGGAGUUGGUUUCGUUGCGAGUGCAGCAGAAGUCUUCGCACUGUGUCUAAUGGUGAUAGAAGCACUGUCCACAACACGAAGCGCUCUCGGCAUCCUACUCAUGAACAGCAUCUACAUCGUUCAGAUAGUCUUCCAACUCGUCUUCGAGCUGUACAAGUUCGUCCGCCCCAAGGAAGACCGGCCAGCGUCUUGGAAAUGGCUCCUUGCGUUCCUCGCCUCGACGAUACUUGCGAUCGGUUCCUUCGGUGUCAUCGUGUACUUCACCGCCGACAUGGACCAAAACUCCGGCUGGAAAGUCCCCCUGUCCGUGUUGUUGCUAUCCCUAGCCUGGGCACCUGUCAUGCAGAAACUUCAAACCCGACGAUGGGAUGCCGAGGAGGUUGACGAAGAAUCCCGAAAGGACCCGAACGAAGCCGACGACGACGACGAUGAAGAAGACGAAGAGAAGAAGUUUCAGAGGACACGGCCCGACAAGGACGCCCGUUGGAGGUCAGGGAUGAUCACAAGUUUUCUGAAGCUACUUCUGACGCCUGCAGUGGUGACGCUGUAUGUCUACACCUUCAAGAUAGGGAACGCAGAGGUAAUGUGGAGCUGGACUGCGUGGUCCCAAAUCAACAUGUCUCACCCUGCCAUCAACUCAUUUCUCGUCAACAUCUUCACCAGUUUCGGGGCGUACAUCUUCUGUUUGUUCGCCUGUAGCAUCUGUAUCUACCACGUGGGAUUCGCCGUACCUCUACUACUCUCCACUGUUUUUGCCUACCUGUUCGCCUUUAUUGUACCCGUCUGUGAGGUAUUCAUACCUUUAGAGGCUUGUAUUGCGGACACAACAAGUUACUCCUGGGGCAUCCCAGCUGCGGUGUGUCUGUUCUUGGCCCAACUCAUCGCCGUCUGGAGUUUCCUUGCCCGGAGCCCGACAAACGUCUUGGAGAAAGAUUCAAAGAUUUUCUGGUUGCCAGGUUACAACAACAUUUUCCUGGAGCAGUGGCUGAUCCUGAGCAGGAAGACGCGCUACAAUAACAAGAAACAGUUCAAGGAGCGGACUAAGAUUGUCAAGAACGCCUGCGUCUACAUCUGCAGUACGAUGUACCACGAGUCUGAAGAAGAAAUGGAACAACUUCUUCUGUCAUUGAGAGGCAUCGCGAAUGACCUUCAAGACGAGGCAAAGCGCCAUUUUGAGGCUCACGUCUUCUUCGACGGAGGCUGCAAGCAAGGUCAACCUUCGAGAUGGGCGUUACAGCUCUUAUCCUUGGUCGACAAGACGAUGAGGACAUCUUCAAAGGAAAACGUAUUCAGUGAGGGAAAAUGUGAGAAGUGGGACACUCCGUAUGGACUCCAGCUGUCAUGGCGGGUUGGCACCAGGAAGAUGCCCUUCAACAUUCAUCUGAAGGACAACUCAAGGGUGCGUGCUAAAAAGAGAUGGAGCCAAGUGAUGUACAUGUCGUAUAUCUUAGACUACUUGUCUACCUACAAUCCUCUUGGUAUGACGUCAGGGGCUAUAGAGGAUGACGACAUCAAGGCAUCGUCUCCGAAGAAAGGAAGUCUAUUUAUGGCAUCAACAGGACCGCACAGGGCUCGUCUUAACAGUCCAUACGGAUGGACUGCAUCGUUUGACGACAGUCAACCCUACAUACAAGUGGACUUGGGCGAGACCAAGAUGGUGACGGGGGUGAUCACACAGGGCAAACCCGGAAAGGACCAGUGGGUUCGGUCCUACACAAUCCAGUACCAGGGCCAGGAUGUGGGCAGUAUCAGCCGGCUGGGUACCACCAGUGUGAAGUGGGACACCUACAGCGAGGGAGUGGAUGGAGAACCAACGGUCUUCACCGGAAACAGUGACAGUGACACAUGCGUGAAACACUAUCUCAAGAAACCAAUCUGCACGCGGUACCUGAAGAUAUGUCCGACCCCUGGCGACUGGCAUAAUGCCUGCAGCAUGCGGCUCGAAAUCCUGGGAUAUAAUCCUGAGGAUAAGCUCGACAACACCUACCUGCUUGUGACGGAUGCUGACGUCAAGUUUAACCCUGACGCUGCUAAGGCCCUGCUGGACAUCACUGCCCGGGACCCGGCAGUCGGUGCAGUCUGCGCACGUACUCAUCCCCUGGGCACGGGGGCUGUAGCGUGGUACCAGAUCUUCGACUAUGCCAUUGGGCAUUGGUUAAACAAAUGUGCGAACAACGUUCUAGGUACGGUUCUGUGCUGUCCCGGAUGCUUCAGUGUUUACCGUGCUAAAGCCGUGAAGAACACCCUCCCCACGUACUGUACACACGUCACAAAGGCGAACGAGUUUCUCAUCAAAGAUAUGGGAGAGGACAGGUGGCUUUGUACACUCAUGGUUGAAAACGGCUGGAAACUUGAGUACUCCGCCGUGUCUGAAGACUCCACCUUCUGUCCCGAGACGUUUGACGAGUUCUUCAAACAGCGCCGCCGGUGGCUGCCCUCGACCGUGGCCAACCUUGUCCUGAUGAUCCAGAAGUGGCAGACCAUGGUCAAGAACAACAACAACAUCUCCCGACUCUUCAUCCUGUAUCAGCUUCUCUUGCUCUUCUCUACGCUGAUUGGUCCAGGGACAUGUUGUCUGCUUGUUUCUGGUGGACUGAACUAUGCCUACGGUGUGAGCGUCACGGUGUCCAUGGUACUCCUCGUCUUGACUUCUGUGGCUUACGCCAUGAUCUGCCUCUACACUUCUCAGAACUUCCAACUACAGAUGGCCCAAGUUUUGACGUUUGUAUUUGCCAUCGUGAUGGCUGCAGUAACUGUGGGAACCGCCAGGGAAGUUGUGGAGGGCUUGUCUGGUCCACCACCUCUGCCAACAGAUGCACCGACCCCGGAUCCCGAUACGCUGGUGUUACCUGUUCCGGUCAGUACCAUAUACUUCCUCACCAUCAUCGCCAUCUUCAUCGUGACGGCCCUCCUGCAUCCGACGGAGUUCUUCUGUCUCAUCCACGGCAUCUGGUACCUGUUCUGUCUCCCGUCAGGCUACCUGCUGCUCACCAUCUACAGCAUCUGUAACCUGAACGACAGGAGCUGGGGUACUCGUGAAGGAAAAACGGUAGGAAGUGGAAAGAGCUGGACAGAGAUCUGGUGGAGCUUUGUGGAUGCCAUGAGGAGGUGCUGUAACUGCGGCCCGACACAGGAAGUGGAAGACCAGAACGUAGAAGAGAUCCAGUCGGAGCCACCAACCCCUACACAAGCUAAACCACCACCCACACCCAUAGUUGAAGACCCCGAGGAAGAAGGGGAAGAAGCAGCCGACAAACCAAAGAGGAAGAAAGUUCUCUCUUGGUCAGCUAGGGCGUAAAGGAAGUGGAAAAGGUGGACCAAGUGCUAGAAGAGUACAGAAGUCAGGAUGGUUUAAGCCACGUACCGGUCAGAGCAUGGCCAGGAGAGCCACAAGAAAACAAUCUGCCUGGAGAAGGAGCCUGUUGGAUACCGACAAAUUGUCAACAGCCAUGUGGCUACCUGCAGAGUUUAAGGAUCGCUACUUGAACAGCUUCCUCCAACAUGGCUACGACGACACCACAUUCAUCGCAGGGAUGUCCGACGGGGACCUAGAGUUCAUUGGCGUGACAAAGAUCCAUCGCCCCGCCCUACUGAGGGAGAUCGACAAGCUGUCAGAGUAUCAAAUAGACAUCAAAGUGCCGGAAACAGUGGAGGAAUGGCUGGACAUGAUUGGUCUAGAGAAGUACAACGACAAGUUUGUUUACGAGGGCUAUGACGUCACAAGUCUGGUCAAUAUCGAGGAACAGCAGAUCCGGGAGAACCUGGGCAUCACUAAAGCUGCACACGUCAAACGUAUGCUGAUCGCUCUGAGUAAACUCCGCCAUCCAAGCGAACUUGAUGAGCGAAUCGACAAAGUAAAGAAGGUGGUAAGCAAGCUGACAACACAGAAGAUGGAGAAUGUGUCACAGGAUCACGUGAGAUACAGGGAGAACAGGUUCUGGGCUAAACUCAGGAACAAGUGUAUAAAGCAGGACUACGGCGUGUUCAGUCAGAACGUCGGGCUGAAGGAACAGUUGGAGGAGCUGAGGAACUCCUGGUUAAUCAUCCUGGCGGUGUCCAACGCGCUGUGGCUGACCUUGAUCUUGACAUUGGCACAACAGGCUAACUUACAGCUCUUGGGAACCAACCCACUCGGUCUGGUAUUCCUCUCUGUCUUCGGCUGCAUCAUCGUCAUCCAGUUCCUGGCCAUGCUGGUGCACCGGGUGUGGUCCCUCAUGCAUCUACUGGCCAGGGUCAAGUAUCCAUGGCAACGCUGGGAGGAUGACGUCACCAUUCCCACCCCUGACCCGGGAGCAGAUGGGCAGACGAAGACGGCUGACGUAAAGGCUAAGAUGAUGACCAUUAACGAAACUGCGGAGGAAGAGGUUUACGAUAACCCGAUGGUUGAGACAGAUGACCAGCCUGUGUACGAUGAGCCUAACACUCUCUAGUCUUGUCAAUUUACAAUCUCCAUAACGAAUAAUACCGUCGAGCUACGUGAGAUCUGUGACCUUCGAUUCCAAGGUCACGUGAAUACACACAGCUAAAAACAUGGCGGAUGUCUUUUGGAUGCAUAUAUGAUUCUGUAAUUUGUCGUGCGGAAGGGUUUGAUUCGCUUUCAAAUCGAUUUAUGUUGCCAUUUCAAAUCCUUUGAUAGUUGUAAGGCAAAAUUUUCAACUUAAAAUUAGUUUUCCUAAGAUUGUUGAAUGAUCACAGUCUUUCUGAUUGAUUAGCAUGACUGCUUUUGAAUAGAAUAAAAUUUUCAAACUAAGAUGUAAUUAUCUCUGUAAUCUUAGAACAUGAGAUCUAAGGCUUGAUUUUAAUCUAGGAUAAUAUUUUAGAUUUCUUUCAGUAUCUUAAGCCAAUUGCAAAUCUUUACGUUUAGAUUUUCUUAGCUCUUACGGUAGGUCAUUGGACCUUACGGUAGGUCCUUUUGUCUCAGGCUUCGAGAUGUCGUUUAUUUGUUCUCCUGUUUCGCGAUGAAAGGCUAAAAUAUUUGAUAUAAUAUCAAAGAUAUUUCAAUACAAAAAGGAUGAAAUGAAUAAAACUAUGCAUAACUAUGUGAAAAGACCGUUUUGUUACAUACAUAAUUUCUAUCGAAUUCUACAAAGUUUUUUUUACCCUUUAGAAGUUUGUAUUUAAUAGAUUCCGUCAUUUGUACUUCAUAGAUUUGUUAAGCAGCAAUUCGAGAUAGGACAUGCACAUCUUGAUAAGUUAUUAAUUAUCAAAUUGAAAGUGCUUCUGUAACGGCGUUCUGUAAAAUAUUCCGUAAAUUUCAGGCAAGGGAGGCACAGCUAGAUUAAAAGGCCUAAACUUGAUGAAACAAAAAGAAAUGCAAAAACACAAACAUUUACACUUUAUUGAAAUAUAUUCUAAAUAAUAGCUAUAAGAACAAUGCAGAUAUGAUAUUUGUUCCCAAAUGUAACCAUGUGUUGCCUUCAUCUAUUUGUAGUCUUUUAGUAGAACAUAUAGUAAAUGAUAUAUCUAAUCAGUAGCUUCAUUGUAUAACCUUUUAGGUAAUGUUUAGUGUAUAGGAAAGCUUUUCAAAAAUAAAACAAAUGAUUUUCA